UUUUUUGAUUGUGUCCAACAAAAGUCCAGUCUACUCUGCCAACAAUUUAUCGCAGCAAUCAUGAAAGGCCGAUUGCUGAAGAGCCAGGCCUUCGCUUCGCUGACGUUGAACAGUAGCUGCACGCAAUGGUGCCCCUGACCUCCUGCUUCCUCUUCACCACCGCCACCAUCUUAUCCUUCUUCUCUCUGUACAUCCCAACCCUGUCCAUGUCGCAGAUCAACUACUCCUACUUCUACGAAGUCUGCAAGCCUCUUUUUUGCGGCAACGUGACGGUCUCCUUCCCCUUCUUCUCCACCAAUUCCUUUUGCGGCCUCCCCGGAUUCAUGAUUACCUGCGACCCCUCCUCUCCGCCCACCAUCACUUUCUCUGACCGUCCCUACCAGGUGAACAAGAUCUCCCUCGAUGAGUCCUUGCUCUUGGUGUCCGACCACCAACUCGCCCAACACCUCCGCUCCAACUCCUGCGACGCCGCCGGCUUCCUCCCUGCCGCCAGCUUCGCGUCCUUCCAAAUCCCCUACUGGAUCAUCUACCUCAACUUCUCCUGGUGCCGUCGCGACGAGGGUCAGCUUCCUCUCAACUUCACGAGCGAAACCGUCGAGUACGGUGGCUGCCAAGGGAACUCCAGCCUUUACUUCCUGUCAGGGACGUUGAACAACGACACCAUGCUUCCGGCGUCGUGCGACCAUGCGUUGCUGCCCAUACUGCUCGCGAGUAUCGUUGAGGCUAAUCUCACGCUGGCGAAGCUCAAGAAUACCAGCGUCGUGAAGUGGGACUAUCUCUUUCCAAUAGUGGACAAAGGGUUCGCUCUGCAGUGGGAUUAUAACAACACGGAUUGCUUGGUUUGUCAGGAAUCCGGCGGGCGGUGCGGCUACAACCAGACCACCGGGAAGCCGCUGUGCUUUUGCAAGGACAAAUGCAGUCGAGAUGGAAAUGUUGGUGCUACCAAGUUUGGCGCAUGGAAGAUCGUUCUAGCUGCAGUUGUCCCAACAGCAUUCCUAGCAGGGCUCUUCGCAUUCGUCAAGUUCAAAGAGAAAGGGGCAUCACUCUUUCACCGUCUGAUCAGGAAGAGAAGCACGAGACCAAGCGGCGACUCUGAGAUCAAGGAGUUCAUCAGCAACUACAAAUCGAUGCUGACCACAGAAUACUCGUACGCCGACGUGAGAAAAAUCACAAAUGGGUUCAAGGAAAAGCUUGGGGAAGGAGGCUACGGCAAUGUUUACAAGGGGAAGCUCCCAAAUGGACUUCUGGUAGCUGCCAAGGUGUUGGAGAAGACCAAAGGCAAUGGCCAGGACUUCGUGAACGAAGUGGCCACCAUCGGUCGAAUUCACCAUGUGAAUGUCAUCCGGCUUCUAGGCUUCUGCUGCGACGGCACGCGCCGAGCUCUGUUCUACGAACUCAUGCCCAGAGGAUCAUUAGCUGAUUUGAUAUCCAAGGAAGAGAUGCGACAGAAGCUGGGUGCUCAAAGACUGCUCGACAUCGCUCUUGGGAUCGCCCGGGGCGUCGAGUAUCUCCACAACGGGUGCGAGAAAAGAAUUCUGCAUUUGGACAUCAAGCCUCAGAACGUCUUGCUGGACAGCAGGUUGCAGCCCAAGAUUUCAGACUUCGGAUUGGCGAGAUCGUACUCUCGAAAGGACAGCAGCGUCUCUUUGACAGGCGCCCGAGGUACCGUCGGCUACAUAGCCCCCGAAGUGUUCUUGAGAAGCCUCGGGGGCGUCUCCCACAAGUCGGACGUGUACAGCUUCGGGAUGCUUCUGCUGGAGAUGGCCAUGGGGAAGAAGGAUGCGGCGGCAGAGACGGAGCGGUCCAGCGAGAAUAAGUACUUCCCCGACUGGAUCUACAAUCAGUUACAGGAGUGGCUGCGCGUGGACAUGGAGGACGUGGUGGCGGUGGUGGAGGAGGAUGUUGCCAUACUGAAGAAGAUGGUGAUGGUGGGCUUGUGGUGCAUACAGACUGAUCCGGUUAGCCGUCCUUCCAUGCUCGGAGUGGUAGAGAUGCUCCGAGGGGCUGCCGAGCUCAUCGACAUGCCUCCGAAACCUCGCCUGUUCUCUCCCCCGAGGCAACAGCCGAAGGAGAGCACUAGCUACGGUGAUGAUGGCACACGGUCCUUCUAUUACACAUUCGAGAGCGAGUCGUGCUGAUGGUAGCAGCAAGCCCAGCUGGUAUCAGGUGGAUCUCUUUUGAGCGUGGCACUCAGAACAGGGGAACACAGGAGGAAGGCUAAGAGAAGAAGGGGAGCUGUUCUUCUUGUUCCUUGUGCUUGCUGAUCUGAAGCAUCACAAGGGACUCCACUCAAAUGCAGUAAGAAAGUUCUGAAACAUAUCCCCUUCUGUUCAAGAUUUAAUGUUUGAUACUCCUGCGUGUGGAAUUUGCUCAUCAAAAUAAGCAAGAUUCUUUGCCAA